GGGGGCCCCGAGCCGCUGCCCCCUCGCCGGCCUUCGAGCCCCAUUUCCUGCCUCUCCGUUUCCUUGGUGGAUGCGUCGUCGCGUGGGUCCUCGAUGAGGCGGACCGGGCGGCCCUGCCCUUUCUAGGGCGUCCCCGCGGGGCCAGAGCGGGGAAGGAGUGGUGUUUGCCUGAGCGGGGGACUUCCCGAGCCUGCUGGGACCAUGACCUGAACGGCGCUAGCCCGACGAGACCGAAGCCCGAAAGCCCGCUCACCGGAGCCGCCCCUCCCCGGCAGCAUGGCAUCUGAAGAAGCCUCCCUCAGGGCGUUGGAAAGUCUGAUGACAGAAUUUUUUCAUGAUUGUACAACAAAUGAAAGAAAACGUGAGAUAGAGGAGCUUCUUAAUAACUUUGCCCAGCAAAUAGGAGCCUGGAGAUUCUGCCUGUAUUUUCUCUCUAGCACCAGGAAUGACUAUGUCAUGAUGUACAGUUUAACAGUUUUUGAGAAUCUGAUCAAUAAAAUGUGGCUUGGGGUACCAUCUCAGGAUAAGAUGGAAAUCCGUAGCUGUCUGCCCAAACUUCUUUUGGCUCACCAUAAAACCUUACCUUACUUUAUCCGGAACAAACUCUGCAAAGUUAUUGUUGAUAUUGGACGUCAAGAUUGGCCCAUGUUCUACCAUGACUUUUUUACUAACAUUUUACAGUUGAUCCAGUCCCCUGCAACAACUCCCCUUGGGCUGAUCAUGUUGAAGACAACCUCAGAAGAGCUAGCUUGUCCCCGUGAGGACCUCAGUGUGGCUCGGAAGGAGGAGUUGCGGAAGCUGCUGCUGGACCAGGUGCAGACCGUGCUUGGGCUCCUUACAGGUAUCUUGGAGACCGUCUGGGACAAACACAGUGUUACUGCCGCCACUCCACCACCGUCGCCGACCUCCGGAGAAAGUGGUGAUUUGCUGAGUAACCUGCUGCAGAGCCCUAGUUCAGCCAAGCUGUUGAGCCAGCCAAUCCCCAUCCUUGAUGCGGAGAGUGAGCAUGUCUGCUCCCUGGCCCUGGAGUGCCUGGCCCACCUCUUCAGUUGGAUUCCUCUGUCUGCCAGCAUCACCCCAUCCCUCCUCACCACCAUCUUCCACUUUGCACGCUUUGGCUGUGACACCCGAGCCAGAAAGAUGGCCUCAGUGAAUGGCAGCAGCCAGAACUGUGUCUUGGGUCAGGAGCGUGGUCGGCUUGGGGUCCUGGCCAUGUCCUGUAUUAAUGAACUCAUGUCCAAGAACUGCGUGCCUAUGGAAUUUGAGGAGUAUUUGCUGCGUAUGUUCCAGCAGACUUUCUACCUCUUGCAGAAAAUCACCAAGGAUAACAAUGCCCAUACAGUGAAGAGUAGGCUUGAAGAGCUCGAUGAGAGCUACAUCGAGAAGUUUACCGACUUCCUGCGGCUUUUUGUGAGUGUUCACUUAAGGAGAAUCGAGUCCUACUCCCAGUUUCCUGUGGUGGAGUUUCUGACGCUUUUGUUCAAGUAUACGUUUCAUCAGCCUACUCAUGAAGGUUACUUCUCUUGUUUGGAUAUCUGGACACUCUUUUUGGACUAUCUGACAAGUAAAAUUAAAAGUCGUCUGGGAGAUACGGAAGCAGUUCUCAACAGGUACGAAGAUGCCCUGGUCCUCUUGCUCACAGAGGUGUUGAGCCGAAUCCAGUUUAGAUACAACCAAGCCCAGCUGGAGGAGUUGGAUGACGAGACUCUGGACGAUGAUCAGCAGACAGAAUGGCAGCGGUACUUACGCCAGAGCUUGGAGGUAGUGGCCAAAGUGAUGGAGCUCCUUCCUACGCACGCCUUCUCAACUCUGUUCCCAGUUCUUCAAGACAAUUUAGAAGUUUAUUUGGGAUUACAGCAGUUUAUAGUUACUUCAGGGUCAGGGCACAGGCUGAACAUCACUGCAGAGAAUGACUGCCGACGCUUGCACUGCUCCCUGAGAGACUUGAGCUCCCUGCUCCAGGCCGUGGGUCGCCUAGCUGAGUAUUUCAUCGGGGAUGUGUUUGCCGCGAGGUUCAGUGAUGCCCUCGUAGUCGUGGAGAGGUUGGUCAAAGUCACUCUGUACGGAUCUCAGAUCAGACUGUACAACAUCGAAACGGCUGUGCCAUCGGUGCUGAAACCCGACCUUAUUGACGUGCACGCACAGUCCCUGGCCGCGCUCCAGGCCUACGCCCACUGGCUGGCGCAGUAUUGCGGCGAAGCGCACCGUCAGAACACACAGCAGUUUGUGACGCUCAUCUCCACCGCCAUGGACGCAGUCACGCCGCUCAUCAGCACCAAGGUCCAAGACAAGUUACUGCUGUCUGCGUGCCACUUACUGGUCUCCCUGGCCACCACGGUGCGGCCCGUCUUUCUAAUUAGCAUCCCUGCGGUGCAGAAGGUGUUCAAUAGGAUCACUGACGCUUCUGCUCAGCGACUUGUCGAUAAGGCACAGGUGCUGGUAUGCCGAGCGCUCUCGAACAUCUUGCUGCUUCCAUGGCCAAACCUUCCUGAGAAUGAGCAGCAGUGGCCCGUGCGCUCACUCAACCAUGCCAGUCUCAUCUCUGCACUCUGCAGGGACUAUCGCAGCCUGAAGCCCGACACUGUCGACCCACAGAGGAAGAUGCCACUGGAUGACACCAAAGUUAUUAUCCACCAGACACUCAGUGUCUUAGAAGAUAUCGUGGAGAAUAUCUCUGGGGAGUCUACCAAGUCCCGACAGAUCUGCUACCAAUCGCUGCAGGAAUCCGUUCAGGUCUCCCUGGCCCUCUUUCCGGCGUUUAUCCACCAGUCAGAUGUGACUGACGAGAUGUUGAGCUUCUUCCUCACUCUGUUCCGUGGCCUUAGAGUACAGAUGGGUGUGCCUUUCACUGAACAGAUCAUCCAGACUUUCCUCAAUAUGUUUACCAGAGAACAGUUGGCUGAAAGCAUUCUCCAUGAAGGCAGCACUGGCUGCCGGGUGGUGGAGAAGUUCCUGAAGAUCCUGCAGGUGGUGGUGCAGGAGCCUGGCCAGGUGUUCAAGCCCUUCCUCCCCAGCAUCAUUGCCCUGUGCAUGGAGCAGGUGUACCCCAUCAUUGCUGAGCGUCCUUCCCCUGAUGUGAAGGCUGAGCUGUUUGAGCUGCUUUUCCGGACGCUCCAUCACAACUGGCGCUACUUCUUCAAGUCCACUGUGCUGGCCAGUGUGCAGAGGGGACUCGCCGAGGAGCAGAUGGAGAAUGAGCCCCAGUUCAGUGCCAUCAUGCAGGCUUUUGGACAGUCCUUUCUCCAGCCGGACAUCCACCUUUUCAAGCAAAAUCUAUUCUACUUAGAGACUCUCAACACCAAGCAGAAGCUGUACCACAAGAAGAUCUUCCGGACCACCAUGCUCUUCCAGUUCGUGAAUGUGCUGCUCCAGGUCCUGGUUCACAAGUCCCACGACCUCCUGCAAGAGGAGAUUGGCAUUGCCAUUUACAACAUGGCCUCCGUCGACUUCGAUGGCUUUUUUGCAGCCUUCCUUCCAGAGUUCCUGACCAGCUGUGAUGGUGUGGAUGCCAACCAGAAAAAUGUGCUGGGGCGGAACUUCAAGAUGGAUCGGGACCUGCCCUCGUUCACCCAGAAUGUGCACAGGCUGGUCAACGACCUGCGCUACUACCGACUCUGCAAUGACAGCCUGCCCCCCGGCACUGUGAAGCUCUAGCUGCUGCCAAGGGACACGGACUGCUGCCUGGUCGCCGCACCGCCUCCGCCUCCACUUCUGCCAUAGGUGUCGCCAGGCGAGCCUCUGCCCUGAGCGGUGAGGCUGGCCUGCGCCCUGCACUGACCGUCCUGCCACUGCCCAGCGGAGUGGCUUCAGGUCCAUCGCGCUCUGGUUGGUUCCCAGGGCAUUUGGAGCAGGCGGAGUCAUGGGGCCAGGUACACCGGAGAUCCGCGGGGCUACCUGUGCAGUGCAGGCCUGGGGCGGGAGCACCAGGGACAGCUCGAGACAGUGCCAUCUUCUCACCAUUCCGCCUCCCCACCGGCUGGCCAGAAGCGAUGCCGGGACUGUUUUUGGCCGAGCCUCCCUCCCCAUCCUCCUGGUUGCCUUGGAGUCUCUGCUCUGCCAGGGAUUUGCAAAGACUUUGUUUUUGUUCUUGUUUUCUCAUCAUUCCAUUGUGAUACUAAGAAGUGAAGCUUAAUGAAAAAUAAAUGCUUUCCUUGUUGUUAUAUAAACCUGCUGAAGGAGCUCCUUUCUGACCAGAGCCCUGUGAGGCAAGUGAGGGGCGCCUGACGGGGCAGGCUCACUGGUGUGCGGCCUCUGUGCCCAGUGUCAUCUAGAGGACACCUCUGGAGUGAGGUGAGGACCGGGGCUCCAUUUCUUGCAUUCGGAGGAGGCAUAGGCGCCGAUCCUGGCAGCAGUGCUUCAUGGUGACACCUGUACCCGCCUGCCUGGAAGCCGUCCCCACCCUGCUGCUCUGCGUUGCAGGCGUGGGCUCCCACUCCCCACCUUCUGUGCCUUCCCAGGGUGACCCCCAGGAGCCGUCUGCCGGACCAGAGUGUAGUUGGCCCAGAGAACAGAAAUAGGUAGGGGAGGAAGGAGGAGAGGGUAUGUGAGCCAGGCGUGAGUGGAAAGGGUCCUUGUCCUUGAGCUUUGCAGAGUAACAAAAAUGUCACAGUGGCCAAACAGGCAGAACUAAGGUAGAUUCUGAUGUGGACCUGGCUGGGGGAGAGUUGCUUACCUAAAAGUAAAGGUGUGGACCUGAGAAGGGUGGGCACUGCCUUUUGCUGGAGCUGAGGAAGAAAGGAUCCAUGGGCCGAUGACCUGCGUGGGUGGGACCGGCUUGUGCAGGGCGAGUGGUUGGAGUUCUGGAAGGAGAGGGUUGCUGACUGCUCUUCCAGAGAAAGGAAUUAGCAUCUGAUUGUUCCUGCUGGGGAGCUGGAGGCAGAGGCCCAGGGCUAGAGCUUGUCAGCCUGGGACUGGAACACAGGCAGCAGUUGGGGUGGUAGAGGGAGGGCCGGGAGAAGUGGGCUGAGAUGGGGGCUCUUGUUUAGCAGUGCUGGGGGUGCCCCGCUCUUGGGGGUCUGGGCUCCUCCCCGGUCUCUGGUCUGGGUCUCCUUAGGGGCCACGCACCCAUGGGCCCUGCACCACGCUGGAAACUACCUUCGUGUUCUGACAGUGAGGGCGGGCAGGACAGUGAGCCUUCGGCCCUUUGGGUGGGAAGAGCAGGGAUGUCACCGGGAGCGCUUUCCUGUGGCCUCAGAGUGCCCCUUGCAGGCGUGACUCUCCCAGGAGGUUGCCCUGUCCUUGCCCUGUGUCAUUUACGUCUGCCCAAGGCCAGCUUCUGGUCUCGGAAGAAGAGCCGAUGAGACCCUGCUCCUCACAUGGGCCAGCAGUUUCCUCUGCUGCCUACCUUUAUUCUCAAGCAGUGUGAGAGGGAAUUUUCUACAACAACAUUUGACUUUCUCCUGUUAACUGUUUGUAGAAUCUGUGAAAUAUGCAGA